CGACAUCAGACGAUCACAGGCCUGCUUGACAGUUCUCCAAAUUCACUGACACCCUUUCAUCUGAAAAGAGACAGACAAGUGAAUGUAUCGAAACUGAGAACGAUGAAUAAGCCACAACCAAACCAAAACAUGAUUAUUCCAUUCUCCUCCCCCUGCAAGGAAUACUGAUUAUGGGAUCUAUUCUUUCGCUUUCGUGAAUAUCCUUCAACUAUCCUGCACUUGUACUCCCAAACAAUGUCUGAAUCACCUUAUCCGAUCAAGGAGGUUCGCUGUGAAGGCCAUACGCCAUGCGACUGCGACGAGUCUUAUUUCCAGGCUCUCAGAGACUGGGUGCGACUGGCCGCUGCUUUCGGUUGGCCAGAGACAGUGAGAAAGGUGGCGUUGGGGUAUCUUUCCAAGGUCAAGACCUUGGAGGAUACAGUUAUCUUGAUGGACACCAUCCGGAUCUGUCCACAUGGGCAGUUAAUUAUGCUGGGCGUAGAGUUGCCUCUUGAGCACAAGGAGGGCAAUUAUCCGAUCGAUAUCGCGUGGGCGAACAAUGUUCCCCUUGUUUACACCAUGUUCCGAUGGUUCAACGGUGACACGAUCCAUCGCAUUUGUAUCGAAUCUGCGGAGGAAUGGGUUUCGUAUGAAGAAGAAAUGUUCGCCUUUGAACCUUCAUCCGGACUUUUCAAAAAGAAAGACUUCAAGUGUCUUGAGAAUGCUACAGCUGUGGCGCAGGUGAUGCUGGCUGCAGAUCGCACUGUUGAGUCUGUUGUGUCUGACGUACGUGUGGUUACCAUAUUCUGAAGAAGCCUCCGCUGUAAUGAUGGUAAAAGGCAGGUUGCGAGCUCCGCAUCUUGAUGUCAUUAGCUAACUGCUAGAAAGCUUGGGAUGCAUGAACUACACGGAUAACGAAUUGAGGCCGAUAUCG